AUGAAAACUGAUCGAGAAAAUAAAAAAAAAAAUUUAAAAGAUAAUCAACUGAUAGAGGAAGAAUUGGAAAAUGAAGGAAUUCUUAAACCACCAGAUGGAGGAUAUGGAUGGGUUGUUGUAUUAGGAGCUUUUUUCGCAAAUAUUAUUGUUGAUGGUGUUGGUUUUACAAUUGGUGAUCUAUUAAUUCCAAAAUGGUUAGAAGAAUUUGAAACCAGUCAAAGUUCUGCAGCUCUUGUUACCUCAAUACUUCAAGGAACAUAUUUACUUAUUGGUCCUGUUGCAUCAGCAUUAGCAAAUAAUUUGGGAUGUCAUGUUGUUGUUGUAAUAGGUGCAUUAUUAGCAAGUGCUGGAUUUUUAUUAUCAGCAUUAGUACCAUCACUUCCUAUAUUAUAUAUUACAUUUGGUUUAAUUAGUGGUUCAGGAUUUGGUUUUAUGUUUUUAACAGCUAUUGUCAUUGUUUCUACAUAUUUUGACAAUAAUAGAGCACUUGCAACUGGUAUAACUGUUUGUGGUUCAGGUAUUGGAACAAUGUUUUUUGGUUACAUUAAUCCUAUAUUAUUAAAUUUAUGUAAUAAUAAUUGGAGAAUAUAUCUUGGUGUUGCAUCUUGUUUUACAUUUUCUGUUUCAAUUUGUGGUUUUAUUUAUAAACCACUUAAACCAACAGAGGCACAAGUUAAUAAAGUUGCAAAAAUUGCUACAGAAUAUUUAGAUAUUAAAGAUACUGAUGAAAGUAAUAUAAAUAAUUUGACAACUAAAAGUAAAUCAAGCUAUGUUACUGAAGGUGUAGAAUUUGAAAGAUUUUCACAAAAAUCAAGAAGUUUUACAAAUAGUUUUAAUUCUUCACGUCCAUUUUUAUCAACAUUAGAAUUACAUGUAUCAAAAAAACAAAAUCAAGGAUCAUGGUCACAACAUGAUAUUGCUGCAUCUGCAACAAGAGAUAGUGUAAUUGAACUUAAUAGACCAUUAUCUAAAGUAGAUAUUUUUCUUCCAACAUCAAUGGAAAAUAUACGACAAAGAUCUUCUAGUCUUCAUGGAAGUAUUAAAAAAAAACAUAUAAGUAAAAGUACAAGUAAUUUAGAAGAAAAACCUGUUUUAAUGUUAAGUACAUUAGCAUUAUCAAAUGGUGAAGAAUAUGAUGAAUCUGGUAAUAUUUCAUGGAAAAAAAAUGUUUCAGUAGCUGUUAAAAAAAUACUUGAUCCAUCACUUUUAAAAUUAUUUAGUUUUAUUAUAUUUGCUCUAUCAGGAUUUUUUACAUUUUUCUGUUUUUUUGUACCAUAUAUAUAUUUAGGAAGGCAAGCAUUAAGUAAAGGUGUUCCUGAAUCACAAAAAAAUAAUUUACUUAUUUAUCUUGGUUUAGUUAAUACAAUUGCUCGUGUAUUAUGUGGUUAUAUUGCAGAUAAACCAUCUGUUGAUGCUCUUCAAAUAUCAAAUAUUUCAAUAAUUAUUGGUGGUAUAGCAACAUGUUUUGUACCAUUUUUAAGUGAAUAUUGGAUGUUUGUUAUCUAUACAAUACCUUUUGCUCUUGGUGUUGCAUGUUUCUCAGCAUUACGUUCAGUUAUUUGUGUAGAAUUAUAUGGUAUUGAAAAAUUAACAAAUGCAUUUGGAAUACUUUUAUUAUUUAUGGGAUUCGCAGCAGUAUCAGGUGCACCAUUUGCUGGUUUUAUAGCAGAUAUAACGGGAAAUAUGGAUUAUUCAUGGUAUAUUAUGGGUUCCAUUAUGAUUCUUUCAGGAAUGAUAACAAUACCAAUUAGAAAAAUUGUUGAAUGGGAAAAUAAAAAAAAUAAUAAUAUUGAACAUGAUGGAGUAUCUGAAUUAGAGGCAUUAAAAGAAAAUCAUUAA